ACCUAAAAUUACUUAUAAUACACUUAGAAAAGAUUCUAUUAGAAAUAGUCACACUAUUCAAGAUUCAGUUACUCCAGUUGUAAAUGAACCAAUUGAAAUUUCUCGAAGACGCACAUCGCCGCCAAAUGCAUCUGACCAAAAUCUAUCAGCUAAACAUGUGAAUUGUAAAUCUAUUACCUCUGAAAUUGAUGUUCAAGGAUUGUAUGAAGCAUCACAAAUAAAUGGACAAACUGUUUCAAAUCAAGUUAAGAAAGUUGGAACCACCUCUGUCUCACAAUCUUCGGCGACUUCUCAGCAAGCGUAUACUCAACAACAAAAUCCAGCACUAAAGCUAGUUACUUGGGCCAAUUUGGCAGCAUCUGAUCAAGAUAAAUGGGAAAUGGGUGGUGCUCAAAAAACACAACAAAAAUCUACGCCUCAGCAACGUAAUAUGAGAGAUAAUCGAAGUCGGUUUCAUUAUGGAAACAAAAGUGAUGAUCUACGUAAUAGCGUUAUAUUGGAUCUCUGGGAUCACCCACAACAGGGUUGGGGUAUCCCACAGCAGAAAGUGGAUAUCUCAGAGCAAGAUGAGGGUAGUGGUUGGGAUAUGGAUACCUCAGAGCAAGAUGGAAGUGGUUGGGACUAA